CGGUGCGGCGCCCGCCUGGCCCCCGCCGGGUGUCCCAGCGCGGGCCCCGCGUCCUCCGCCGAGCCCCGGCGGCUUUGCUGUCUUGCAGGAACUCGGCUCGCUCGGAGAGGCAGGCAGAAAGGGGGAGCCCAGUGCUCAUUUACCUCUCCCGAAUGUGGGCUGCAGGCCCCCUCGGGAGGGUCUCCUUUAGCAGGGACUGACUUUACCGAGGGAGACACCAUCACUCGUCUGGAAUUGCCCAUCCUGCCCUGACAUGGUCCAUGCAUUCUCUGGAGAGGAGUGUCCUCUUCUUAACACCCUGUUCCUGGAGACACCCCAGCGCUGCCCUGCAUCUAACUGACUGCUGUCUCUGGUGCUCCAGCAACAACCAGCCUUCACACAGGAGAUGGCAGCUUUUGAGAGAGAGUAUUUGACUUGCUGCCUCUAAGAUGCCCCUCAGUUCCGUCUUCAGAGGGAGAUACAUGGUCCCAGAUACUCUCUCAGGACUAACAGAUCCGUGCCUGUGGGAGACUGAUGCUCUGCGUGGCCUUCUGGAAGAUCUUCUGACUUCCUGAACAUGUAAACCAUCUCACUUUGGCACCAGGAGUCUGCUGCUGGAGACUGCUGCUCCUUCCCUCCCUCCUGUUCCCUGAGGCCUGAACUCUUCUCCGUUUCCUCCAUCACUGUGGCCUGUGGAGGAUCCCUGUGUGCGAGCUGCUGCUGGGAAAAACUGAGGUAGAAUUAAAAUGGGGGACUGAGGAACAAACAAGGUCAUUCACCAGUCAGCAUGAUCUGGGAGAGUGUGCAUUAUCCUUGCCUGGUACUGUCAGCACUUCCCUUCUUGGAGAGACUGACUUCAUCCUACUGCCCAUCCGAGGAAGUCCUGCAGCUUCUGAAAAUAACCACUUCCUUGGUGCUGUCUCAGGAGCAAUCAACGAUCUGCUGUUUUCCAUGGGGACACGACCAGUGAAGCCAGCCUGUCUUCCCUUGCUGAAUGCCCUGACCUCUCUGUGAGGAGGAACUUGCAGCUUGGCCUUGCCCCUAAGGCAGGAGCUGGAUCCAAAUGCAUCCUCAGCCUGCUGUCUUAGAGCUGUUCCUGCUUAAGGUCAAUGAGAGCAUCUGCUGCUAAUUCAUCAUGACAUAAUAUCUGGUCUCCUGCUCCAUCCACAGGAUAAGUUUAUUCCUUCUUCUUGGUCUACACAGAUGUGACUCCAGGUGUUCAGCUGCCUUGUCUGGUACAGCGCCCUGGGAUGCCAUCAGGAGCUCGAAUGCCCCAUCAGGGGGGUCCCAUGGGUCCUCCAGGCCCCCCAUACGUCGGAAGCCCCUCCGUGCGACCUGGGAUGCCCCAGACUGUGAUGGAAACAACAAGAAAACGCACUGCACCACAGCAGGUCCAACAGCAGCAGGUGCAGCAGCAGGUGCAGCAGCAGCAGCAAGCCACUCAGAACCGAGCUAGGAGUGCCAAGAGGAGGAAGAUGGCUGACAAAAUUCUCCCUCAGAGGAUCCGGGAGCUGGUUCCUGAGUCCCAGGCCUACAUGGAUCUCUUGGCCUUUGAACGCAAACUAGACCAGACCAUUAUGCGGAAGCGCGUGGAUAUUCAGGAAGCACUGAAGAGGCCAAUGAAGCAAAAGCGGAAACUGAGACUUUACAUCUCCAACACAUUUAAUCCUGCAAAAUCAGACGCUGAUGACUCCGACGGCAGCAUUGCUUCAUGGGAGCUGCGCGUGGAGGGGAAGCUCCUGGAUGAUCUCAGCAAACAGAAACGGAAGUUUUCAUCUUUUUUUAAGAGUUUGGUUAUUGAACUGGACAAAGAUCUUUAUGGACCUGACAAUCAUCUUGUGGAGUGGCACAGAACUCCCACAACCCAGGAAACGGACGGCUUCCAGGUGAAGAGACCUGGGGAUGUCAGUGUGCGAUGCACGUUACUUCUCAUGUUGGACUACCAGCCUCCCCAGUUUAAAUUGGACCCACGGUUGGCCCGUCUGCUGGGGAUCCACACGCAGACACGCUCAGCCAUCAUCCAGGCUCUCUGGCAGUACAUCAAAACAAACAAGCUGCAAGACUCCCACGAUAAGGAAUACAUUAACUGUGACAAGUACUUCCAGCAGAUCUUUGACUGUCCACGGCUAAAGUUUUCUGAAAUUCCUCAGAGGCUCACUAACCUACUGCUGCCACCAGACCCGAUAGUGAUAAACCACAUCAUCAGUGUUGACCCCAACGAUCAGAAGAAGACGGCUUGUUAUGACAUAGAUGUAGAAGUUGAAGACCCAUUAAAGGGCCAGAUGAGUAGUUUUCUUCUCUCAACAGCUAACCAACAGGAGAUUACAGCAUUGGAUAACAAGAUUCAUGAGACAAUUGAGUCCAUAAAUCAGCUAAAAAUACAACGUGAUUUUAUGCUGAGUUUCUCCAAGGAUCCUAAAGGAUACAUCCAAGACCUUCUCCGGUCCCAAAGUAGGGAUCUUAAGGUGAUGACUGAUGUGGUUGGAAACCCGGAGGAAGAACGCAGAGCCGAAUUUUAUCACGAGCCAUGGUCUCAAGAAGCUGUGAGCAGAUAUUUCUACUGCAAGAUCCAGCAGCGCCGACAGGAAUUGGAACAAUCUUUGGGAGUGCGUAACACAUAAGUACUGCUCACAAGAUUCCAUUGGCAUCAUGACCACCAAACCAGUGGACUUUUCAGUGUUACUUAGCUCACUGUUACACGUGGACCUGCUUCCUGACUGGAUGAGAACAUACCGUCAACACACCAGUUAGAACACCAGCUUUAGAGUGACCCUUGAAAAUCUUGCCCAAGAUGGGUGUCUCAAACCAUUCCAAGCCAGAGACAGCAACAUAACAGUGUCAGUGUGAAAGAAGACUAAAGGUUCACUCAUCAACGCACGUCAUUAAAUUUUAGUGGAAAGUUAGACACUACACAGCAAAUCCUAAUGGGCUAUGCUUAGAAUCAUGAGUGGCACUGAUGGGGGAGGUUGAGAUAGGUGUUCUAGGAGACCACAGAUUUAGAGAAAUAAAUGCAGUUCUUACCCUAUGGUACCUAAGAGUCUCAAACAGUAACUUACCUGGAAUUAGACAAGAUAGUCUUUCUUAUAGCUGUGGAAUGCUUUAUGUUCCUGAAUAGAGUUUUUAUUCCAGCCGUACCAAUGCAAGAAGCUAUCUCCCCAUCUGAAAGAACUAACUAGGAGGAUUUUCAUCUCGGAAUGCAGAGCCCGUCUGGAAGAAAGACUGAGAGAAAGAGACUCAUCCCUGGGAUAAGAGCUUCUUAUGCGUCCCUAAUAUCAGUGGUAUUAGCAACAAAUGAGGUAUUCUGAGAAAAUGGAAAUAAUGUAAUGGUGCUUUGCUGAUGCCUGCCUUUAACACAGCAGAUAUUAACAAUAAGUAUGUAUGUAAAAUACCAGAUCACUUAAAUGUUUCUCUGUGUGCCUGUAGGGUUCAUCACUGAAAAGAACUUCCUAAUUCUUGGUGCAGAAUUCAAGAAGCUUAACUUCAUGUAACACGGUAGUUUUUUCUUUACUUCAAGAUGUUAGCAGAGGCCCUGGAUUGGUCUCACAUUUUGAUCAUAGGUGAACUGCCUCUUACUAUUAAUUAUUUAGCUCUCCCAUACAUGGUACGUGCUGGUUAUUUUGGAUGCUCUUGAGUUAUAAAGCACUAUCAGCCUUAAAUAGCACAGAGAACAUAUCCCUUGGAAAUCAUCUUCUUUGUAAAUGUACGACAGAUUCAGACUAUGGGAAUUUAUAGAACAAUUACUUGGAAGCAGGGACAUCUUCCUUAAAUCCUUCCCCUCCUCAUUUUUUGUAGUGCACAGAUGAGUUGUAAUUAAAGGCCCAACAUGAUUUCUAGUCCAAAAAGCAGCUGCCAAAGUAUAACUCUUGUCUGUUUCAUAUGGCACUAAAAAUGCUCUUCCAGGUUACUCCUUUUCACCUCCUUUCUUUCACUUCCUUGGAAAAAGAAUCAAAUUCACAUGUGGUAUGGAAGGAAGGCAGCUCUUCUGAAUAAAUGCAUUUUUUUCUCUAGUACUGUGUUUUCUGCUGUCUUUGCCAAUUUCUCUCUUAGUUUAACUUAAAAGUUUCUCCUGUUCAGUCACAGAAGAGAUAGUCUUCUCUUUAUACCUUUGUUUAAUAUCUUUGUUUUCACAUUAAUAGUGCCAUAGCUUUUACUCCAUCCGUUGUGUGAGAUGUCUUGGAAAAUUUGCUUUUGAUUGCAUUUACGGGAUGGCAGUACUCUCACACAAAACCUGUUGGUGUGAGAAAAAGUAUGGCAGUAUGUCAUUGCCUGAGGCCUUUUACUGGGAAUGGCUUGAUUUGGAAUUUUCCCCUUUUGUGUUAAAACCUCUUUUCACAGUAAAAUGUGAAAUCCUGCAGUCUUAAACUGGUUAUACUGAGGGGCUGUGAGGCUGCCACAGUGAUUGACUUGAAAUGUUACUUAAUUUAGGACUCCACUAAUUGGACUACAAGCAAGCAUUAUGAAGAGAAAACAGUGGGGGUCAUCUGCUACUGUGCUUCCAUAUUUGUUAUGCUGCUGUGUCCGUUGUGUGCAUGCUGCUCGAUGUAUGAAACUCUUGUCUAUAUGUAGCAAACAGAGCAGCUACAUUCAGGGGCUUUGUUCAGUGUGCAGGAAUAAGAAAUGCAGAGGAAGAUAUGCAAGGAUAUGAGAAGGCCACUGGACUGAGAUAGAUGCCUGCAGAAUGUCUGCCAGGGAAUUCUGGAGUUUUGAGAGCCUUCCUGCUGAAGUGGCAAAUAUUUGCAAGAAAUAUCAGUCAUUUGCCACAGCUGGCAACAUACUGGAGUCCAGCCUGGUUUUAGAGCCUCUGUAGAAUUAAUUGGAUGGAUCUGGUUCCAAGUCUCUUUCAGAGCAAAUUAACAAAACUAAUGUGUUGGUGCCGGUGUUCACAACUGCAUCACUGAAAGCUGAAGCUCUGUUAAGCAGCAGUGUUGCACUGAAAUGUGUGUGUGCAUGAAUCAGGCACUGGAGAUGACAGUCCAGAAUCUAAAUUCUUAUAUCCCACUGGCUAUAAGAAAAGAGUGGUUACCACCAGUGAGUCUUAGGAAUCAGAUAUCUUUCCUUUGGUUAAACUGGAGUUUGAGAUUUUGAUGCCUUUCUCCUGGAGCUGUUCAGGAGCUGUUCGGGCCUUUUAGUGAAGACAGAGAAAAAUACUGUCCUCUGUUCCACAAGUGCAGCUAAGAGCUUUCUUGUUUGCAAAACAAAGAGAAAUUUUUUUUGAAGAGAAAUAAUGGAGAAAUACUGGAAGCAACUAGACCAAGUGUUGCUUGACCAUUGAAAAUUAAGGGUAGUGGCACUGAACAGGCAGGUAAUUAUGGCAGACUGUGAAUGAGAAAUUUAUUUUGAGUUCAGGAUGGUUGUCUUUUUGGGUGUGUAAAAGAUGACAAGAAGAUGUUUCAGCGUCUUCAGUUGCUACAGUACGAUACAAAUCUAUGCAUACUGCAAAAAAAAAUUCUGUGCAUAGAAGUUAUUAAUGUAUAGAUGAUAAUAUAGAUUGUUAGAAAAUAUAGCAUCCAACUAGGAAAGGGUUCAAAAGAAUUUUGGAGUACCAGUAGGAGGGAAAUGUAUCUUGGAGCGGAAGCGUUGACAUGGCAGGUUAGAAACAGUUUUUUUAGUCUUCUGGGUUGUUGGCCCUGAGACAGUAAUCAGAUCAAAUGUUUCUUAGAGAUUGAAGGGGAAACAAAUGUUCGGUUAUGGAAUAAAGAGAAGAAUACAACAGUAGGAAAGGAAAUUUAAAAAUGGAGCAGAGUGCCACUGAAGCGCCAGUAAGACACAGCACAAGAUAAUGUGCAAAGUACUCUUGGAAAUAGCACAGCCCAUGUGAGUCUGUGCAUUCUGUGUGCAUGUGGACGUAAAGAGAGCACCGUCUCUACGGUCUCAGUCGCUGCGUAGCUUCGGAAGUGGGGGGCGAGGACAGAACCAAAAGUUUUGCCAGUAACUUUGAGAUGCACUGUCAAAGCAUUUUCACUGUUACCAGCAGGGAUUCGGUUGUUCGACAUAGCAGGGUUUGUAGUCGUAGUGCAGACAUCCUCUCGACUGGCAAGUUUUUUACACCACAUUGUUUAGAAUUUAUCCUGUGGAAGCCGAGUGAAAAUAUUAGUGUAUAAAUCAAGAUUGGUGCAUAUCCUAGGGCUCCUAAUUUUGCCAAAAUGCUAAUCGGGUGUUUGGGGAUUGUUGGUCUGGUUUUGUGUGGAGAACCCUUUUAUGGCAAUGCAAAGAGAUAAGGAGGGAAAGAAGGCUCUUUUUUACUAAAGAAAGCGGUCUCCUUUCUGUAACUGCUCUGCUGUUUAAUAGGAUGUAUCUGUUCUGCCAGAUCCUGUAUUGUGAACAUCUUUUCCAAACUCACUGAAGAGAGGAACUCCAUUUAAAAAUUACAGCAGUGGGUUUGUGAGAGUGAGCAAAUACGUGUAUAAAGAACGGGGGGAAGGGAGAGAGCCACUUCCUCUACUCUGCAGCCACCAUAUCCAUUGUAUGAUGCCGAGUGAUUCGUAGAAAAGCUUUUGACAAUAAAUACUUUGUUUCUUUGUA